GAUCACAUGAGAGUCACAGGACCGGAGGGGCAUGUGACCAGUCACGUGAUCCGCGCUGUGCUUAUUUGAUGUAGUGAACUUCCUUGAUUGUGUGAUAUAUAUAUCAGGGUUCCUGUGGUGAUAGUCUUUGUCUCUUUCAUUGCCAACUAACGAGACAGAAUGUGGCCCGUUGCACUCCUGUGUCUUCUCUCGGCUCUGUCAGUCAGUUGGGCGAGGCCCCGUCUUCAUCCCUUAUCCCAUGAAAUGGUGAACUACAUAAACAAGGCCAAUACCACAUGGAAGGCUGGACACAAUUUCCACAAUGUUGACUACAGCUAUGUGAAGCGGCUGUGUGGAACUCUCCUGAAGGGCCCAAAGCUCCCAGUCAUGGUACAGUAUGCUGGAGAGGUAAAUCUACCGAAGAACUUUGACCCGAGGGAACAGUGGCCCAACUGCCCCACAUUGAAGGAGAUACGAGACCAGGGUUCCUGUGGCUCCUGCUGGGCCUUUGGUGCGACUGAAGCCAUCUCUGACCGGCUGUGCAUCCACAGUAACGGUAAAAUCAGCGUGGAGAUCUCCUCUGAAGACCUUUUGACCUGCUGCGAAGAUUGUGGCAUGGGGUGCAAUGGUGGCUACCCUUCUGCUGCCUGGCAAUACUGGACGGAUGAAGGGCUCGUGUCUGGUGGCCUGUAUGAUUCUCAUAUCGGUUGCCGCCCCUACACUAUCCCCCCUUGUGAGCACCAUGUGAAUGGCAGCCGCCCUCCCUGCACGGGAGAAGGUGGUGAUACCCCAAAAUGUAUAGCCCAGUGUGAAUCUGGGUACAGUCCUUCCUACAAGCAAGAUAAACACUAUGGAAAAAAAUCAUACAGUGUACCCUCAGAGCAGGAGCAGAUCAUGUCUGAGCUAUACAAGAAUGGGCCAGUCGAGGCUGCUUUUACGGUCUUUGAGGACUUCCUGUUGUACAAGACCGGUGUGUAUCAGCAUGUCACAGGCUCCGCUCUUGGUGGCCAUGCCAUCAAGAUCCUUGGCUGGGGUGAAGAGAAUGGCACCCCCUACUGGCUGGCUGCCAACUCCUGGAACACUGACUGGGGCGACAAUGGGUUCUUCAAGAUCCUCAGAGGAGAGGAUCACUGUGGCAUAGAGUCUGAGGUGGUUGCGGGAAUCCCCCGCGAGUAGCAGAUGACCUACACCCAUGGCAAAGCCUCUGGAGUCCGCCGGCAUUGUGUUGGAAAAGACAUGCAACCAUUACUGACCAUUCCUUGCAUGCCAGCUGCCUUGAGCUUCCAUCCGUGUGCCCUUUUAUAUUCACUUUUAGAUUAUUUUUUUUUUUAAAGCUGAUUUUAAUGUCUUGUCAGUUUUUCUAAACACUAUAAAUUCAUGGAGCAGGAGCAAUGCCAAGACUGUCUCCAGUAGCCUUUUUAUGAUAGUAUCAGAAAGUUGUAAUAUUAUGCAAAGGAUUUGAUUUCAUUAUGGUUGUUAUAAUGGUUUGUUUUUACUGAUGGUCUAGCUUUCAUUCUCCCAGAUGAUGGAAUAAAGUUGGGAUUGUAUUUUUGAGUAA